AUGGUGGGAUUGUGGCCGAAAAAGCUGUCUUGGCUUAAGUGGGUUGUUGUCUGGCUAGUUGUUGUUUUAGUAUGUUGGCUGCUUAAGACAUACGGAGUGUACGAUUGGGUUUAUGCGCGCUUAAUUCGCAAGCCAAGUGAUGCUAUUCCAGAUAAUCUGGCUAAACCGACUAACCCAACUAAACCAACUAAAGUAGGUCAAGACACCCAAACAGAGCCUAUAACAACUCUGGAUGGCAAACAGAAGAAGCAGAGUAGAGAGAAGGAAGAAGAAGUGAGUUCUCAGCCAUCACCCAAUACUAAGCUAACCCAAACACUGCCACCCAACCCAACAACACCAGAUACUCCACUAGUUAAGUGUCUGCAGGAAAUCCACAUGAUUAAGAAGCACGAAGACCAUGAAUGGGCAUAUGACUCUAAUCUAUCUAAGUGGGACCUUUAUUUAGAUGAGGAAGCACUUUCCAAGCCCGCUAAAGAUCUAAGGUAUCUUGUACUCUAUACAACAGAUGAGAUACCCGCAUCUCGUUGCCAGGAGUACAUUGAACAGCUUAGUUUGCUAAACAAGAUCAACUCCCGCAUUCCUGUGAACAUUAAGUUUCUAGGCCAAUGCCGCGGCCAAAUGAUAGUCAAAUUGUUUCUUAUUCUCUUGCGGAUUGUCGAGGCUCCCCGAUUGAUAGUUGAAAUGGCAGAUGACUUAUUUGAUCGCAAUUCAAUCAAACUCGAAAAGAGUUUAAUAGAGCUGCAGUACUUACUAAAAGAUGUUCCAAUUAAGAUAAGGAAGAGAGAGAUCGUUUUUGUGUCUAAAGUAAGUCGGGUGUCGGCGAAGUGGACAUGGUUCUUUAACGUGACCAAGAAAGUCUAUAGGAUAACCCUAUUCAAAGGUGGGCGGCUAAUCAGUUUGAAUUAG